AAGACAAGUGCGACCUUUUUAAUUGGAAUUACAAUGGAACAAGCAAAUUUGCUCUGCCAUAGAAUGAAAAUUCCGGAAACAUUAGACCAUCUGAUGUACUGUUUAACGAAAGAAAUUCUUUGUAAACAGCCUGAUAACGUGUAUGAAUUUUCGACGAAAUUUUUUCACCAGCUUGUGGAAGAAAGGGAUGGACCUAACCGGACUCCAUUCGUAGAAUCACUCAGAAGCAAAUCUUGUAAACCAAGUUCAUUAAGCAUUGUUGAUGCAGGGACGGGCCUCAGAGAUCUGCCGAAUGAGGAUGGUGAAAUAAUUGACGAUUUCGAAAAAGAACUGGAACAGUUAAACGAUGAGACACUCAGAGCGGAGGACAUGUCCCCUCCGCCAACCUUGGACGACUCGGUGUCCGACAAUGACACUUCGGUUACGAAGAUUGCGGCCAUUGUAACCUCGAAGGCGCGAGAAUCACCACCAAACGCAACCUCUACGUCCAUAAGCCGGGCGAACAGUAAUGGUGCAAUAGAAAUCCGAAAUAGCCCGGAAAAUGCUGAAGAAGCCAUAGAAGCCGUCGAAGCCAUCAAUGCGUUUGCUGAUGAAACAUUUAAAGAAGACGCUCUUGAUGUAGAUGCAUUGCCGGAUUCCGUUACGGAAGUAUUAGAUGAAGGGCAACCUGAAGUGGCACAGUCCACCCCUGAAGAGCACGUAGAAGAACCAGAGAUCACGACCACUCCAACUGAAGAGACCAAUGAUGACCCACAUCUGUUAGCAGAUUCUAAUGGCAUCGAAGAAACUGAGCAUCUUGAACCACAGGAGAUGGUCAUCGAGGAAGAAGCUACGGAAAACGAAUUACAAGAAAAUAUCGAAGACGACAAACCGCAAGAAAUCGACGAAAAUGAAUUAGAAACAAAUGGAACUGAGAACGAUGUAUUAAAUGAAGAAUUAGAGGAAAACGAACCAACACCUGUCGACAUGGUGGACGCUAUAGAUUCGUCACUACUCCAAGCAGAAGAGGAAAUGACAGUAAACGAGGAACUUCCGAAUUCAUCCCCAUUGGACGAUACAGAGGAACAAGAGGUUAUAGCUGAUGGCGUGGAAAAUUCAGAGAUUGUGGCGAAUCACAUUGAAGAAUCAGAAAAUGCAGAAAUUGAACCUACAAAUUUGGUGGAAAACACUGACGCACCUGAGGCCACCGAUUUACCAACGGAUGCAGAUAUGGAAGAGACCAUCCAACUUGAACCAAGUGAGAUGGUUGCAGAGGACGAAACCAACGAAAAUGAAUUGCAAGAGAAUACCGAUGAAGACAAACCUCAGGAAAUUGAUGCAAAUGAAUCAGAGAUCGAUGAAAUUGAGAAAGAUCAAUCAAAUGAAAACGCAGAGGAAAACGAACAAAUACCUGCCGAUAUACUGGUUGAUCCGCCAAUGGCACAAGAAGAGGGAGAAACAGCAGAUGUCGAGGAAGUUUUGAAUUCGGUAACAUUGGAAGAUUGUUCCGAAGAAAGAGAAACGGAAGCUGAAAACGUGGAAAAUCAAGAGGUUCUCACAGAUCAGCUAGACGAAUCAGAUAAUGCAGCAGACACACCAGCAGAUUUGCUGGAACAUAGCAUUGACGAAGAGCAGCAUGAAAGCAGCCAUGUACCUGAAAUGAAUAUUCGCGUGCCUCGUUCAACGGAAUUUAUUGAUAUGGAACAAGAUUCCCCUGUUGAAAUGAAUGAAGAUGAUCAUCUAGAUAUAGAAGAAGUCGGAUCAAGUAGCGUUGUCAACAUCGAAGAUGAGUUAUCUGUUGCACAAGAGCAUGACGAGGAGGUUAAGCAGAUCGAAAAUUCAGAUCUUGAGGAACACAUUCAAGAUGAAAACGAGGCAAUUGAAGUUAGCGAAAACAUGGAGGGAAAUGACAAUCAUACUGAAGAAACUGAAACCGAAAAACUUGAUGAAUCGGAGGUUUUUGCAAUUUCGGAUCUCGUAGAUGAACAGCCUAGUCAACUUGAAAAUAUUGAAGAGAUUCUGCCUGAAGUUGAAAGUGAAGACGUGACAAACGAAACACCUGAUGAUAAUAAUCUUCAUCAGGAUGCGUCAUUCACAGAAGAGCAGCCAUUACUCAGCCCCGUAAUUGAAGAUAGCCCUUUUGAAGUAGAAAAUACAGAGGAAAACGUUUGUCAAGCUUCAGAAGACAACGUAUUGGCUGACGAAAACGCCGAUCAAAACAAUACGCUUGAGCAAGAUGAUGCAUUAAUCUUUGCGGAAAAUGUAAUGGACAGUGAAUCGGCGAUAAUAGAGGAACCCGAAGCUGAGCUAAAUGAAACAACAAGUCACGUAAGCUGUGAUGAUACACAAGAAAACGGCAAUUUGCAAAGUGAAUUGGACAAUGAAAAACCCAUUCCCGAUUUGAAGGAAAAUGGCAUUUCAGACGAAGAUUUUAAUGAACUUGUGGGCGAGGGUGACAAAGAAGUGUCAAACGAUGACGAGGAAGAGAUAUGGAAUAAGUUACAGAAAGACUUGGAGUUGGAAGAAGAAGAACAGCGAAACCUAGCAGCAAUAAAAAUUCAAUCAACAUUCCGGGGAUACAAGACCCGUAAAGAAUUUAAUGAAAUGUCAGAAAAUCAAAAUGAGACUGAAGACGAAAUAGAUAUUGUCAACGAUAUUGUCGAAAACGUUCCUGAAGAUCAGCCUUCAGUUCUUUCACAAGAGGAAGAACCUUUAGAAAAUAAUGAUGACGACAAAGAGUUAACAGGAGCUUUGGCUGGCGUAACAGAAAGUAUUGCUACAAUUGCUCUGAUUUUAACUGAUACUCCUCAACAAAACCCUCCGUUACUUUCUACAGGUGAAGAUCAUAAUGAUGAUGAACUAGAUGGCAACUUGGGAAGCGAGAAUGUCAUAGAUGCGCUUGACGAAUUUCUUUCUAAUCAGAGAGAAGUAAAUGAUGUUACGGAAGAACCAAUGUCAAAUGGAGAAGAAAUUCAUGACGUUCAGCUCAUUGAAUCCUACGUGAUUACAUCAUCAGUAACAGAUAAUUCUGCUAGUCCAGAAGCCACAACAAAUUUGGAAAACAGUCAAGAUAAUGAAUCGGUUUCGGUGAAGGAUAUUGAUGAUGGUGCCAAUGAAACAAGCAAUUCAGAAGCUGAAGCCGUAGCUUCUGAUCCUGGUGUGGUUUUCGAGCUUUAUGUGGAGUCGAACGAAACAACGAACGAUGGCCUGUUGGAAUCGUAUUGUCCACAGAGAGAAGAUCCGUCAAGAGAAAAACACGUAAAAUAUACAGAAAAUAGCCCAACUGAAAACACCGGAAUUGGCAGUGACGCAGCUGAAUCUCUGGGUGAAAUAACGCCAUGUAACACAAACGGAUCUAUUCAGCAAAAUCAGUUAGAUCCUUGUCUGCUUGAAAGGGAGAAUCUUGCAGCUAUUAAAAUUCAGGCAGGUUAUCGCGGACACCAAGAUCGUAAAAGAGUACAGAAUUUAAAGCAUCAAAUAGCUGAAAAUGUUUCCUCAACAGGAACUGACAUAGACACACAAGAAGAACUUAGAAAUGCUGCUGCCACUAAAAUUCAGGCUGGUUUCCGUGGACAUCAAGAUCGAAAACGAAUCCACAAAGCAAAAUGUCAUACUACUGAGACUAGUGGAACUCUUCAAACGCAUUUUAACGUUGUCGACGAAGAACGCCAGUUCAACCAUUCUGGUCAACAAGUGCAACCAGAUCCAUGUUCAAUGGAACUACAGAAUGCGGCCGCAACGAAAAUCCAGGCCGGCUUUCGGGGACAUCAAGAUCGAAAGCGGAUAAAAAAUUUAAAAGCCCCUACUAUUGACCAUAAUGUGAACGAUAAAGUCAAAAGCUGUGACGAAAGUCUCGUAUGCGAUGAUGAGGAAUGUUUCGAAGAAUUGGGAACAAGCCCAAGUACGAUGGAUUUACAAAAUGCUGCAGCAACUAAAAUACAAGCUGGAUUUCGCGGACACCAAGACCGUAAACGAGUUAAACAUCUGCAGCAUCGCAUUGCGGAAAAGGAUGUCAAAGAAAGUGAUACGCUACAGUGUAUGGAUACCAAUGAUGCCCCCGAACAAUCAAAUGGUGAGCAAAGCAACGGAAACCUGUGCUUGACAGAAAGAGAAAACGCUGCAGCCACAACAAUUCAAGCCGGUUUUCGUGGCCACCAAGCUCGGAAACAAGUAAAGGAUUUGCAGCGUCCUUCCACUAGUAAUGAUGGUAUUGAAAAUGGUGAGUCGAAGUGUACGGAUACUUUUCAUGAGGCUAACCAACCGAAUGUUAAACAAAGUCAACAAAAUCUAUGCUUGAAAGAACUGGAAAACGCUGCAGCGACUAAAAUUCAAGCUGGCUUUCGUGGAUACCGAGAUCGCAAAAACGUAAAACAUUUAAAAAAACCUGCCAAAACAAAGGAUUUGAUAAGCCAUAGGGAAACAAAUUUUGUAGAGGAAGAUUGCUUGUUAGAUGGCGACGAAUUCAUUCAAAACAGUGAAAGAAAUGCACUUGAAAAAGAAAACAUGAAAUCUGAAAUUGAAUUUGAACAAAAAAACAAUGCAGCCACAAAAAUACAAGCUGGUUUUCGAGGACAUCAAGAUAGAAAACGAGUGAAAAAUUUGAAGGAAUCGAUUAAUAAAAGUGAAAUCAUCCCCGGCGACAGCUUCAAUUAUGACGAGGAAGAAGCUUCACUUCUGGAUUAUGAUCAAUCAGCGGAAGAAAUUGAAUUUGAACAAAAAAACAAUGCAGCCACAAAAAUUCAAGCUGGUUUUCGAGGACAUCAAGAUAGAAAACGAGUGAAAAAUUUGAAGGAAUCGAUUAAUAAAAGUGAAAUCAUCCCCGGCGACAGCUUCAAUUAUGACGAGGAAGAAGCUUCACUUCUGGAUUAUGAUCAAUCGGCGGAAGAAAUUGAAUUUGAACAAAAAAACAGUGCAGCCACAAAAAUUCAAGCUGGUUUUCGAGGACAUCAAGAUCGAAAACGGGUUAAAAAAUUGCAGCAUCAUAUUGCUGAGCAUGAUAAGUCGGAAUGUAUGGAUGACAAUUUGGACCCUGACCAGUUAAACACCGAACGAAGUCAUCAAAAUGAAUAUUCAAAUGAACUCGAAAACGCUGCAGCAACUAAAAUCCAAGCCGGUUUUCGUGGAUACCAAGAUCGCAAAAUCGUAAAAAAUUUAAAACAAGAGGCAACAUCAAAUGAAACUAGCUUUACAAAAGAAAAUGGCUUGUUUGAUCGAGACGAUAUCAUUCAGCAUGGUGAACGAAACUCACUCGAUGAAGAAAACAUUGCAGCCACUAAAAUACAAGCUGGAUUUCGGGGACACCAAGACAGAAAACGGGUAAAACGUUUAAAAGAUUCCACUAAUAGAAACGAAACCAUUGACAGCGACAACGCCAGUUAUAUCGAAGAAACCUCGGUCUUGGAUCAAUCCGCAGAGGCAACUCAACUCUACCUAGAAAACGAUGCAGCUACAAAAAUUCAAGCCGGUUUUCGCGGACACCGAGAUCGGAAACGAGUAAAAAAUUUACAGUACCGCGCUAUUGAAAAUGAAGUCGUCGAUAGUGGUAGGGCGGAAGAUACGUCUGAUCCUGACCAGUCAAACAUUGAACAAAGUCAUAAAAAUCUAUGUGAUGCAAAUGAGCUGGAAAAUGCAGCAGCAACUAAAAUUCAAGCCGGUUUUCGCGGAUAUCAAGACCGAAAAAAUGUAAACAAUUUAAAAAAAGAGGCUGCAACGAAAGAUUUGAUCAACACAAAGGAACCAAACUUUAUAGAGGAUGAUGUUGAUGUUCAAGAUAGUGAAAGAAUUCUACUUGACCAGCAAAAUUCUGCAGCAACCAAAAUACAAGCUGGAUUUCGAGGACAGCAAGACAGAAAACGGGUGAAGUAUUUAAAAGACUCCGUAACUAGAAGCGAAAUUAUCGAUAGUGAAUGUUGUGACGAAGAAGCUCUGCUUUUGGAUUAUGAUCCAUCUGCAGAAGCAUUGCAAAUUGAACACCAAAACGCUGCAGCUACGAAAAUUCAAGCCGGUUUUCGUGGACAUCAAGAUCGAAAACGAGUUAAAAAUUUGAAAAUUUCUGCUGAUGUAAGUGAAACAUUUUAACAUAUUGCGAAGUUAAGUAUUGCGGUGGAUUAAUACGCGUCAUGCGGCAAAACAAGUAGGAGGUAAACUUAGAAUCAGCUGUGUAGGUUGCUUACCGUGCCAAUAUUUUAGUGGUUGAGGUCGCCAGUUCCGGCACAGUCAUUCCAUCGAUUAAUAGAUCAUGUCUGCUGACUAUCUAUAACGGCGCGGUUAAAGGUUCUUUGUUACUAUAUAAUAAAUUCAUUUUAAUGCAGAAUAAUAUGUUUCAAAUAUUCGUACUCAUACUAAUAUUCUAAUCUUGCGGUAAGACAUGUAGAAAUUAAAAUUUUUGACAGAAUUCCUAUGAAUCUCAAUCAACCUAACCGCGAAGAGAAAUUUUUCGAAUUGAUAUUAAACGCAGCUCUGUAUAAGAUUUGGGAGGCGACGGUGUUAAGGAAUAAACAUGAAUACACAUAUAACGGUACCUUGA